UCGGGUCAAGUCCUUACCAAUCAACCCCCGAAGAAGAACUUUAUCCUUAUCGUUAGCCCAUCUGGAGAAAACCACCACCACCACAAGAUCUGACCGACCAAACGUUGCCGAGAACCGCAACGCAUUGUUGGGUCAAAACCCUAGCGCCGCCGUCGCCAUUGAAGAAGAGUUUACGCGUUUAUCUCUUUUUCGUGUAAUUCAAUUAAAAUUAUAAUUUUUCUUUAUAUUUUCUACGUACAUAUAUGCAUUUUAUUCAAACUAUCUUUAAAAAGUUCAAUGGUUUAAACUAUAAAUCUCCAAAAGUAUUAAGUAUUACACCCUAUGGUAUACCGCGGGUCAUAUUCUAGUACAUGUUAAAUCUAAAAACACCAAAAAUUCAUAUAAUUUUAAUACUAAAUAACAAGAUACAAAAAUCUAACAUUACUAUAUAUAAGAAUAAAAUAUUAUAUCGUAGUGUACUCGGAGUUAAAUCCUAGUGAAUGCUCAAAAGAGAGAGGAAAUGAAGGGCAAACUGAUAUUGAAAGGUUCUUCCUUGCCAUUAAGAAACCGAUUCGUGAGAGUGUAGAAACGUUUUGUGAGGUGUAUCCAGUAAACAAAAGCCCAUUAAGACCCAAAAUGAAAUUUAGGUGUGGAAACGUUUUGCCAAAUUAAAUAUUAGGAUUCGCAUGUAAACGCGUGUCAAUCUAAAGCAAAUGACCCGUGAGUCAUCUCGACCUGACCCGACUUCACUUACGUUAGCUUAAUUUUCAAAGCUUUCCUUCUUCUCCUUGAAAGUGGCAACAAUUACCUUAGAUUCGAGAAAUUAUGGGAGACGAUUGGUUCCGUUUUGAGAAAACAGAGACGUCAAAGUUUUCGAUUGGUUACAAUUUCUGUUCACUGUGAUUGUUUUUUCCAUCUAUGAGCCUUUUCGGCUAAAGAGAAAGGGAAAAGCUUACACUUCAAAUAGUCUUCGGGCACUCCACGAGUUUGUGUAGUAAUGUAGAUUUCUUCGAAAAGAUCGAUGUGAUCCAUCAGGUGCUCCGUGCUUAAACCAUGGAAUUGGUUUUGCUUCAUAAAACCAGUGAUUUGAGAUUGGAUCUCAUACUCAUGUAUUGGAGGAUUAGGAACUCGUAUGGCAGCUUGAUCUUGCGGGUAUUGAUUUGGUGCAUCAUAAUCGGCUAUCAUACGGUAUGGAGCGGCUCGUCUCAAAGGAGGAACAUAAGUGCCAUGUCUUGCGGAAAUAUUAAAACGGUGUUGGGCAUUAAUGACAUUAGCGGGCUGCGGAAGAUUAACGUUGAGGUUGUCUCCCACGCCUUGACGAUUAGCUUCCGGAGGAGCUUGUUGAUCUCAGUCUCGGCCAUCUUGUUGGUCGAGUCUUUCUUCGGCUUGUUCGUAGAUGGAGUUGUCAUCUUUAUCGUGUAAGGGCUGUCCAUGCUCGUCGAAAGCUGGAACUUGAGAUUGCGGACCAAGGUCACCGUCGUGCGAGUUCCUUUGAUCGGCCAUGAGUUGAUGUCUUUGAAGUCUUCGGAUUUCGCGUUCUAGUUUUCCUAUGUCUUGGUAUAGUAGUACACUUGAGUUUUGAUUCCUUGUCAUGCACUGCAGAUACCACUAAUAGAAACUAAAAGGUAAAAAGAAGUUAUCGAAGAAAAGUAACAAGUGAGAAUUUAAACAAAAAAAUCAAAGUAUCUUAGAGUAUAAUUUCUUAUUGAAUUUAAAGGUAGCUUGAAUCACUCCCCGGCAACGGCGCCAAAAAUCUAUGACUAAGGCGUUGGGCGUUCUAGGGUUUCUCAGGGUAUCAUGGUUCUCGACUAACUACGGUUUUGAUCACCUAAGUUUCUAUGUUUUUGUUCUAGUUCAUAACUAUGAAAGACGAAUAAACGAGUUACCCUAGGUUAUAGGAUAAGCCGGUAAAUCUCCCUAGACUCCGUUACUCAACUGACGUAGGAAACAACGCAUAGUUCGACACAUUAAGGAUGAAUUCGCUAAGUACUUUAAAUCCUAUUACUCAAUUUACGCAGGCAACAACACGAAGAAUUGGUAACACUAUGUCCGAGAUUAUAUUUACCCGAUUAGAGAUCCUAACCUCUUGGAUCAGCGUUUGGUCAUCAAUCCAAACACAUGCAUUAAGUAAAAGAUGUCACAAAAGAAUCUAACUAUGAAAAAAAAUCAGAUCUAAUAACCUAAUAUGAUUUGAACCAUGAAUCCCUCUUUGAAUCACCCCAUAAAACCCAACAAAGAAAACUACUCUCUCAUGAUGCAAAGAAACUACAUAGAGAUGUAGAAGAAAAGCAUCAUAAACGUAUCAAUAAAACAAAGAAGGUUCAAAGAAAACUUCUCUAGUUGUCAUAGAAGAUAACUUGUCUCCCCAAAAGUCUUGAAAGAAAGAGUAGAGGAGAAAGCAAUGAAGAACAAGAGAGAGAUCUUCAAGGGACGACGACUUCUAUGGCUUGAUCGACGAGGUGGAGCUCGGAGAGUUGAGAGUCUCAUCGAGGUGGCUGCUGAGAAGGAGGCGAACAGAAGCUCUAAGAGGCUGUCGUGAAGAGGCCGUAGGGUUUCAUCACUUUGUCUCGGUGUUUAUAAGCUUCAAUUAGGUCAAAGGAUAAAUCGUCAUUUCCCGUGAAUUAGGUUAAGUGUUGGCUCGAGUUUCUGGACCGGUUGCAAAGGUGGGUGGCCGUUGGUGAGUGAAGAGGGCAGCCCGGUCACGAGCUUCAUGGCCGGUGGCGCUUGGGAGCUCCGGAACGGUCGUGAUGCUUUUGGCCGGUCUGGACAUAUCUUCACUCUUCUGGGCAUAACUUCCGAAUGGAUGAAUUUUUUACCUUGAUUCCACUUCGACGACAAUCUUGAUUCUUCUAGCUUUCCAAAGCCACCAUAACCUUGAAUGGAUGUCAUAGUUCUGAAGUACAGAAACUGUUUUGAAACGGGAUUUGAUCGACUUUUACUCUUUUUUGCUUGAAAAUUCAUAAUUCUUCCUUGAAGCUUAAAUACUUGGAAACAACCUUGAAGUAUCAAUAUCUCUUGAUUCUCCAUGGAAAACCUAAUAAAACAUAGUAAAAGUGGGCUAAAAUACGAUGUUAUCAAAUAGUCAUCUCUCACUCGCUUUCUUUGCUCACUCUUUUCUCACAAUCAAUCGUGUUUCACUUCUUCCAUAUCCCUUUUGAGAGGGCUCUGAUACCACAUCUUGAACUUAGUACACAAUGAUUUCUGAGAAUACUUCUCUGAUACUUAGAUUGAAAACGAGAUGGCCUUUAAAUAGCCUUACAAGAACUUAAGCAAAACUGAAACAGAGAAGCAAAACAAACAUAUUCAAACGUGACUUAGUUCCUAAUACUUCGCCUUAUUGACUCAAACUAAUAAAUGACUUAGUCUCUGAAGACUUAUUCAACUCUAACAGAGGUGUUCUUGAACUUACUUUGCUCCGUGUGAAUGAUGUGUUUGGUGGUCAAACUUGGUUACUUGUGUCUAAGCUAUAAGGUAGGGCAAGGCAGACACAUUGUUCUCCUUUUCGAUCAAAAUGCAGCAUUUCAUGUGCUUCGAUUUUGUCUAAGACUUGUCCUCUCCAUUAAUUAGCAUUGUCUUACGAGCUAGGCUAUGAUGUAAUACUUUCUAUUUUUUAUUAAAGUCAUCAAAAUUUUUUGUAAAUUAGGAACCAAUAACACCCCGUACUCACGUGAUAAUAGGUAACGGAUAAUCCAACUAGGAAUUGGAUUAUAUAAGCCCAGCCCACGUGACUCCUAAAGUGUCUAGGGUUUAAAUAUUGUUCUGUAUAUAUAUGGAGUUAUAACAGAGAGGGCGAGGCGCUAAUGAUCACGAUCUCAAAUAAAAAACACAGAACUCGUCGAUUGAUUCAAAGAUGGAAAUACCUGAGUGGACUGAUUUACCUGAAGAACUCAUUGAUUUAACUGCAAAACGUUUCUCCUCCAACAUCGACGUCGUCCGUAUCCGUAGCAUCUGUAAACCCUGGCGAUCCGCGGUUGCGACCAAACAAAACAGCUUUCAUUUUCAACGACGCAACCUUCCUUCCUCCAACAAGAACAUAGAGACUCUUCUCUCUCCGACCACUUUCUUCCGUGUUUAUGUCCCUUCUUCAGGUUCUUACAAAGGAUGGCUGAUCAGAACCAAACAAGUCUCAGAAUCCAGUAAGAUUUGUCUCUUGUCUCCUUUCUCUCGUCAGCUCCUUGACCCUUCACAAGAAACCCUAGACCUUUUGAAAUUUGGGUUUUCAGAGAUUCGAAAAUCUUACGAGAUUCAUAUAUUUGAUAAAUAUUUAAUUCAAAGCGUGAGAGGUAAAAUAGGACCAUCACAUAAGUUGUCUAGAGUUGUUUUCCUAGACAAUCUGUUUUUCGCAGUCGGCGAGGAUGAGAAAAUCUGGUGCUGCAAGAGUGGAGAAGAAAGUAGUAGAAUUUGGACAAAAAUCAAAAACCAAGUUGAAGAUUUCUCGGACAUUAUACUUCAUAGAGGACAAGUCUAUGCCUUAGGCUUAACCGGCGCAAUUUGGUGGAUUAAUUUAUCACAGCUCAGACUCGUUAAAUUCACACCUCCAACUCCAAUGAACUGUGAUAGUUGCAACAAGAGACUCGUGGACUUUUGUGGAAAUCUAUGCAUUGUUCAUCAACUUCGUGUAAGGAGAGAUAAUAUCGAAAGGACAUUUGGUUUUAAGGUUUAUAAGAUGGACGAGGAUGUGGCAAAAUGGGUUGAGGUUAGGUCCUUGGAGGACAAGGCACUCAUUGUGGCUAGGGACAGUUGUUUUACGGUUGUAGCUUUAGAGUACCAUGGAUGUUUGAGGAAUUCUAUCUACUUCAUGGAUAAUGUUAAAAGGAGUGAGGACGAAGCUCGUAAAUAUUUCAAGCAUCAUAAUGAUAGUUCCGAGUCCGAGUACCAUGGACUUUUGAAGAAUUAUGUCUACUUCAAUGAUAAUGAUGGAGAAUAUUGUGAUUAUAAUGGAGUGAAUGGUGAAGCUGUUAAGAUGUUCAAGCUUGGUGAUGGUAGUAUCAUCGAUAUGACUGAUUUCUCUUCUCAUAGUUGUUUUCACAUGUUCUUUCCUCCCUUCCUCUAAAAAAGAUUAAUUAUCUUAAAUAUGAAUCUUGUUUUAUUUAUUGCUUAUAGUUGUGUGAUCUUGUGAAAGUUUUCAAAUCCGAAAAAGCCAAACUAAAGACGAAGAAAAACAAAAAUACCAACA